AUGAGUUGCAGAAAUUUCUUCAGCUGUAAAACGGACGCCGAUUGUGGAGGACUCAAGGGCUCUUGCAGUGAUCUGCACUUCUGCGAUUGUAACGAGCCAGCCCAUCGCUGCAAGGUGUUCGAUCUCUGCUACACAAAUGAUGACUGCCCCGGUGGAUCGUGCUUAGGGACAUUCGUCGGUAGAUGCAAUUGCAUGAGUUGCAGAAAUUUCUUCAGCUGUAAAACGGACGCCGAUUGUGGAGGACUCAAGGGCUCUUGCAGUGAUCUGCACUUCUGCGAUUGUAACGAGGGUUUGAAAAAGGCUGGAUAUCCGUUCUUCCUCGACGCCUUGUUGAAAUUCUGCAACCAGAAGACGUGCACAGCUGAGACCGCUGAAGAGGAUUGCUUCGGAUUAGAAUGCAAUCCAGGGCGAUGCAUAUGCUAA